GCCGCCGUGCGAGCUCAACUCAUUCGGUUCGUGAUCUUCGAUCAGACAGGAGCUAGCAGCACACAGAAGAAGCAAAUAAUAACAGAUCAGUCAGUCAAAGAUGUUGCGCGAGACAUCACUGCUGUCGCUGAUCCUCGGAUGGACAGCCGCUGGCGCUCUCGCCACCUACAUACGCGUGGGGCAAAGUGCAGAAGUGCGCCUGCCAACGCCACAGGCGACCAGCUGCAGUGAUCUGUUUACGAUCGAUCACGAAGAUGCGUACCGGAAGCAGUACGAGGGUACGCUGGUGCUGCGGCCCAACGUUACGAUCCGUUACGUCCAGAUGGUGGUGCAGUUUGAUCGUCAAGUGGAGCAACUCACGAAUUACUUUGGAAGAAUCAGCACCAUCGACCAUCAGAGCUUUCACAUCGCCAAUCUCACGUACCCGUUGCGCGCUGGCACAGUGGUCAAGAUCCCGCUAGAAGUGUCCUACAUCACCGGUUCCCCUCCGGCGGUCAGCCGAAUCGAAGUCAACGGCGUUACGAUCUGUCCGGUGGGCAAUUUAAGACCUUUGAUCAGGAAUUUCCGUGAUCCAUGGACGGGAUCGGUAGUGCCGGGCGCGAGUACCACGACCCAGCCGGAAGCACACUCGAAAAAUGGAACCACAGAACCGGCCCAUCAGUUCAACUCCUCCUGCCAGGCGAUUCGUACCGGGGUGAUCGUGUCGUCGGGCCGCUGGGACGCGGUUAUGAAUCUCGUGGCCGAAAACACGGUCGAUCGGGCGUUGAUAGAGAUCGUGUUCGAUCAGCCAGUGUACAUGUUGGGGGUAGGGAACCCUUUCGGCGAGGUGACGACGGAAGACAGCGUGCGGUUUAGGAUCGAAAAUCGAACCUUCAUACUGGCGAAGGAUGCUGAGAUAGAGCUCAACUUCUUCAUCCGCUACAACCAGAUGGGACCGAUCCCGGACGUGGUGGAGGUGAAUUUCAACGGUCACAAUCACUGCCAACAACGAAGACGCCGUGUGUUGAACGAACCUGCCAGGGAGGAAGAACACCGGAGAACCACAGGCAGGACUACCUCCACUACGGAACGUGUUACGGCGUGGGUAAAGUUGGAGCACACAACGGAAAGGAGGCAUGAAACUGCCGGAUGGUCAUUGGAGCAGGAAGAGUGUGCAACAGUGUUGGAACCGGUCGGGACCCGUAUACGAUCGCGAAUCAUUGGUGGAGUUACGUCCAACCAGGGCGAACACCCGUGGCAUGUGGCUAUCUAUCUGGAUGAGGAGUAUCAAUGCGGUGGCAGUAUCAUCGGACGACGCUGGAUCCUAACGGCGGCCCACUGUCUGACGCGCCAAAAUACGAACGAAACGCUGGACGUGGAUCUGUUCCGGGUGUACACGGGCAUCAUAGAUAUCAGUACGAUCGAUGAUCACUUUUACCGUACCGCCGAUGAGGUCAUUGUUCAUCGGGACUACAAUCCGGUGAUGUACACGACGGAUAUAGGGCUGCUACGGCUCAAGCGUAACAUCACCUACAACAGCUUUAUAAAGCCCGUCUGUCUCUACAAUCGUACGGUGGACAUUAGCACGUUCUAUGGCCGCGAGGGAAAGGUUACCGGCUGGGGAUUCAAUCGGGACGGCGUAAUCAGCAACGUGCUGAACUAUCUAGAGGUGCCGGUCGUGUCGCAAAAGAUGUGCUCCCAGCGGAAUGUACAGUUCAAUGGAGUACUGGCGGUAGGCGAAUCUUUCUGUGCCGGACAUGCCGAUGGCAACUCCGUGUGCAAUGGGGACAGUGGUGGCGGAUUAGUGUUUGCCGAAGGCCCACGGUACUACGUCCGCGGAAUCGUGUCGAUCAGUGCCCAGCGUCGGAACUUGCUGCUCUGCGAUCCGAACCAGUACUCCGUCUUUACCGAUGUUUCCAAAUUCCUCAACUGGAUACGGCAGCAAGUAUCGUAGACAGGCGGGCGGGCGCGUUACUCUUUUAUGGAGAAAAAAUAUUUAUUUCAAUCGACACAGCAAAAAUAGAACAGAACAACGAUUAAUAAAAAUGCUUCUGCGCACAAAGCGGA